CGACUGCCAGGGAGAGUAGAGUUGUUAAUGUAACAUUUACACAUCAAUAGUUACUUUUAUUAUGCACCCCAUACCCAUCUUGUGGGCAUUAGUUGAAAGGGUUACAGAGGCACAUAAUGGGCUCAGGGACUGAACCCCACGACAAUAAUGAGACCAAAUAUGUAUAUUAGAUUUACAGAUGGCGUGAGGCUAGUGGUGGCGGCGGAGGAAUGGGCACCCCACCUCACUAUAUAUCAUGGCCCCCAUGGACCCCUAAUGAAGGAGGGCCCCCAGGACGGCCUUCAGAUGGAGGGCCCCCACGACGCCCUUCACAUGGAGGGCCCCCAGGACGCCCUUCAGAUGGGGGGCCCCCAGGACGCCCUUCACAUGGAGGGCCCCCAGGACGCCCUUCAGAUGGAGGGCCCCCACGACGCCCUUCACAUGGAGGGCCCCCAGGACGCCCUUCAGAUGGGGGGCCCCAUGGCCAGUCUUCUGGAAAUCCUCGCCCACUCCAUCAACUUCACGUACUCCGUGAGUCGUCCAGCGGACGGGUCGUGGGGACUGCUGCACGACAACGGCUCCUGGUCUGGCAUGGUCGGGAUGGUCGCCAGGAAGGAGGCAGAUAUGGCUCUGGGACCCUUCGCCAUGACAGCGGCGCGGGCGGCCGACACUGACUUUUGCCUGCCUUUCUUCACCGACUUCUCCAGGAUGCUGGCUGCUGGAGGGCGCCCCGAGGUCGACCCUUGGGGCUUCCUCCUGCCGCUGGCGCCGCAGGUCUGGGCAGCCACACUAGCAGCGCUGGUGCUGGUCGUCCUGGCUGUGAUCAUCUUGUCUAACAUCGCUGCUAGGACACCAGGAUUGGCGGCACACAUCUGCUUCACAUACUACAGCGUGCUAUUGCAGCAAGCUGGCGUGUCGACCAGAAGAACGUGGGAGAGGCUGGCGGCCGGCGGGUGGAUAGUAGCGGCACUAAUACUAUCCUGGAGCUUCUGUACCAACCUCACCUCUAUCCUGGCCGUCCGGUACAUCCCCCAACCCUUCCAGACCUUCCUUGACCUCAUCCGUGACCAUCACGCUGCCAUCGUCAUAGAGAGGGGCACCGCUGAAAACCAAUUUCUCAUGAGUGCGACCUCAGGCACGCUGUAUGACCUGGCGAGGCUGGCCCUCGAGGGCCGACUGAAGUAUUACCAGUCCGAGGACCUGGCCUCCGUCCUUCAUGGUAUGACUGAAGGGCAACACAACGUCCUACUGAUAGAGGACCUUAGUGCUCAGCUCUCCAUGGCUGACCACUUCUCUCGUACAGGUAAUUCCCGGAAUUUAAAUCUAAUUUUAAAGUCAAAAUAG